AUGGCGGGAGUCCUGCUGGGAGCAACAUGGGCGAAGGCUAUGGAGCCUAUCAUGAUACACCUGAGCUCCUCCUCCUCCUCCUCCUCCUCCUCUCCAUCUCACCCUCCUUCUUACGAGUACUCUCUGCCCUGUGCUGUAGCAGUAGCCGAGGGCAUGAAGCUGAUGUCCUGCCGGAUUCUUCUGUUGAGGACUCCUUUGGCGCACCCUCUUCCACCCCUCAACUCGAAGGAUUCUAUCCCCUACAUCGUCCCUGCGAUCCUCCUUGCUAUCGCCAACCAGACUCUCUUCAUCGGCAUCUCUUACCUUGGCAGCGUAAUGUAUCAGAUCGCACUGCAGGGGGUCUGCAUGCUGGUGACCGCCGUCCUCUCGCAGACAGUUCUCGGCCACAUCCUCACUAGGAGACAAGUGUUGAGCAUCGUCCUUCUCACUUUCGGCUUCUGCCUGCUGGUACCCAACGUCGACCGUCUUGGGAGCUCGUUCUCAUCUGCCUCAAUCCUGACCAACCCUGGGCUCUACUCUGCUAUCCUUGGAGGCUUCUGCACAGCAGCGCAGGGGAUUUACUUUGAGAAGGCUUCCAAGGCACAAAACCAUCACAUCUUUCUGCAGGGGAUGUUCUUCUCCUUCUACGGCCUCCUCGCCAACAUUGUCGCUCUCCUCCUCCUGAGCAUCUUCCACGUCUCGAGCUCUUCCUCCCUCCUCCAUCCCUUCCACGGGUACAGUUGGAGUACGCUCGGAGCGAUAGCAGGGAUCGCCAUGGCGGACAUAUCGAUGAGCUUUGUGUUCAAGUACUUCGACUCCAACACGUACAACUUCUGCCGGGUGUUCGCGACCUGGAUCCAAGGGUUUAUCACCUUCAGCGGGGUCACAGGAGAGGAGAAGAAGGUUUCUAGUCACUUUGUGCUCGGUUCCAUCCUCGUCUCAGCUGCAAGCAUCAUGUAUCGAUCCAAGAGCUCUAAACCGAUCCUGCUCUCAUCCUCCUUCUCCUCUCACUGCUAG